AUGGGAAGAGCUCCUUGCUGUGACAAAGCCAAUGUAAAAAAAGGUCCAUGGUCACCUGAAGAAGAUACCAAACUCAAGUCUUACAUAGAGAAGAAUGGUACUGGUGGAAAUUGGAUAGCUCUUCCUCAGAAGAUAGGACUUAAGAGAUGUGGAAAAAGCUGUCGUCUUAGAUGGUUAAAUUAUCUUCGACCAAAUAUCAAACAUGGUGGUUUCUCUGAGGAAGAAGAUGAUAUUAUCUGCAGUCUCUAUGUUAGUAUUGGAAGCAGGUGGUCUAUCAUAGCAGCGCAAUUACCGGGACGAACCGAUAACGAUAUAAAGAACUACUGGAACACUAGGCUGAAGAAGAAGCUUCUUGGAAAACAAAGGAAGGAGCAACAAGCUCAAGCUCAAGCUCAACGAGCUCGGCGGGUUAGCAACAUGAAACAAGAGAUGAAAAGAGAGACAGGUAAUCAGAAUUUGAUGGUAUCAGCAGCUUCUGGUGUUAAUACUAUGAGUACUACUACUCCUUAUUGGCCUUUAGAGUAUUCUUCUGUUCAUCCUAUGCCAGUUUCAAAUUCAUCCAUAAUUGACUAUGAUCUCAACAAUCAAACUUCCUUCACAAGCAUAAUGAACAUGACCACAAACCCUUUAGCCAUGGUGAGUAAUACAAACAAUAUAUUUCAAGGGUUUGAAAAUUUUCCAAGUGAUUUAACUGAGCUUGUAUGUGAGAACCAACAAGUAAUGAAUAGAACAAUUGAUGGUUUUUAUGGAAUGGAAUCUAUUGAUAUGAGCAAUGGUAGCACAAUAACAACAACAACUUCAACAGAAAGUACUAGUUGGGGAGAUAUGAACUCUUUGGUAUAUUCACCUUUGGUUUCUGACUAUGAAGGUUGUUGUCAACAAGGAUCAAUCAUUCCUCAAGAUGCUGCUGUUUUCGAAGAGUCUAGGUAUUUUGGAAUGCAAAUGCAAUAA